AAUUCAUAAAAUUGCAGAGAGAGAGAGAGAGAGAGAGAGAGAGAGAGAGAGAGAGAGGGUUUUGAUCAUUGGGAUUCAGCUUCCAUUCAUUCAUUUGGAAGCUCAGAGAAAUAGAUUGUCGGUGCUCAGAGUACUGAUCUGAUCAGCCCCGAUCACCACCGUUGCCUAAACAUCACCAUGGCAGUGAUAGAGCCAGAGCCGGAGCCUGAGGUCACUCACCAGAGUGAGCCGAAGAACGUGGAUCCUUCCGUGCUGUCGACGAGCGGGGACCCCGACGCCGCCUCAGACGGCUUCCAGACCGCCAGCGAGAGCGGCCUUGACUCCGACAGGGACGACGGGGAUAACGAAGACGGCAAGGCUGAUCCUCAACAGCAACCCGGAGGUAACCUACCGGAGACGCAUUCGCCUUCAGAAAGCGCGCCCCCUGUUACGGACCCUGCGGCGAAUCCACUCGAUGAUGCUUCAAUCCAGGAUGCCUUAGCAAAAUCCAACAAAGCAAAAGUCGAAGGCAAUAAACUAUUUGGAGUUGGACAGUAUGAAGAGGCGUUGUCAAAGUAUGAGCUGGCUUUGCAGCUCGUGCCGGAGAUGACCUCAUCAGUGGAACUACGAUCUAUAUGCCAUGCAAACCGUGGUAUCUGUUUUUUGAAGCUCGGAAAGAAUGAGGACACAGUCAAGGAGUGCACAAAAGCUCUGGAACUGAAUCCUAAAUAUGUGAAAGCUCUACUGAGAAGAGCCGAGGCUCAGGAAAAGAUUGAAAACUUUGAGGAAGCUAUUGCUGAUAUGAAGAAGAUUCUAGAAUUGGAUCCUUCCAAUGAUCAAGCAAGGAAAGCUAUAUACCGCCUGGAACCACUUGCUGCUGAAAAGCGAGAAAAGAUGAAGGAAGAGAUGAUCGGAAAGUUGAAAGAAAUGGGAGACUCCUUGUUGGGUCGCUUCGGGAUGAGCGUUGAUAAUUUCAAAGCUGUUAAAGACCCAAACACGGGCUCAUAUUCCAUUUCGUUCCAGCGCUAGUCCUAUUCGUGCCUGCACAUCUCUUGAUGGAAGGCCUGCUGAGCGAGUAGGUCAGGCUCGAGGACAAAGAUCGGGGGAAAGUUGGAGACUCUUCCAGUAUAUGAAGUGGAAUGCUAUUAGGUGAACUAUUGAAUUAUACGGUUGAUUUUGUGAAUAGUGUCCGACAUUGGUCGAGUCCAUUUAACUUGUGAUUGAGAAACAUUUUCCGCUAGUUUCUUCUUCUUGUUUGAUGAAUGCAAGAAGCUUGUACUCGAGUUCUUUUUUUCAAGGCCACAAACAGAUUAUCCAUUCUAAGUAGCAUGAACAAUUUUCUGAGAUUUUGGAAUAUAUGCAUAUGUAGAACUUGAUACAAA